GCACCAGCAGUGCGGGUUAGUGCCUUCUACGCGGUGCGAGAAUAUCGAGCGUUCGUUCUUCCUGUUCUCUAUCGUUACAAGUUCUUUUGCAAUAUUACGAUUUAAUCGUUAGAAACAGUGUUUUUGUUAAAACAAUAAAUCAACAGAGUGUCCAUAAAAAUAUAUUUGGGUGAAAGAUAAUUCUGUUUUUUUUUUGUGAUUUUAAAAAAUAAAAUAAAUUAAACUGGUUAUGCCGGUGGAAUUGGAAUCGAUGACGCCCAUCGCUCACAAAACUAUCUCUCAUGGAGAGAAGAUGAAUAAAUUGUGCCGUCAACUCUCGAUCGAGAGCCCGAGCGUGACCGGCCGGGAUUGUGUCUUCAGCUUCGAUGUACCUGUGCCGGAUGUGCCGGCACACGGUGCCCGCAUCCGGGUAAUGUGCGCCGGUGCUUGUUAUCAUCCCCGACGAUCACCGAGUCUCACUAGCUUAACUUCGAUUUCGACUGUCUCGAGUGGCAGUAGUUUGCCCGCCGACGUGUCCAUGGAAAGCGAUUAUCCGAUGUCCAUGCCGCAUCACGGGGUACGUGACGCCGCUCUGUUCCCCGGCUACGAAGUGGCCGGAGUAAUCGAGUCGUUCGGCACCGAGGUACCCGAGGACAAUGAACUCGCUAUUGGCGACCGCGUUAUUCUCUAUCCUUACGACGGCAUUCCCAACGGCUACGUCGAAUAUCUGGUAGUGCACGAUCUCAAGUACCUGAUCAAGCUUCCGGACAAUAUGUCACUCAGCGUGGGGGCUAUGCUGCCGGCCGGCGCUCUUCUCGCUAUGAAUACCGUCUUCGCUGCACACGAGCACGUACAGGCAUUAUUGAAGGAAAGAGGUGAAAACAGCGUAUGCAAGAUUCUGGUAGUUGGCACAGGUGGUCUUGCCUUGUGGGCCCUCAGAAUCGCAUCGUAUCACUUCAGUAAUAUGAGAGACAGAGUCACUACUACAAUAGCUACUCUUAAGGAUGAAGGCCUUCUCAUAGCUCAGGAAUUCCAACGUCGGCAUGUCGGUUACAGGGUGAACGUGGUACAGUGGAACGAGGAUCUUUACGAGAAGCAGCUGAUUGAACGCACAAUGGAUGCCUGCGGUGGCCAGGUGGAUGUGGUAAUUGAUUUCGGCACGACUUCACGCAACCUCCAUCGCAGCAUGCAGUGCCUAAGUAAAAGCGGCGUGGUAUUUGUGAUUAAGGAGGUCGCCGAUCGUCUGUUACCUAAAUUCAGUCGACGAGCGGAAGAGCGGCAACAAUCCAUCAAAGCGGUAGAACCGGGCACGCUGGAACAACUGCGGGAACUGGUGCAAUUAGUCGCCUCUGGCGACAUCGAACCGCCCCCGCAUACAGUGUAUCCCGCCGAGGAAGCUAUGGACGUCGUCCAAAAGCUUUGCCACUCAGAGAUCCAGGGUCGUGCGAUUCUUCGCUUCUACCCCGCGGACUAGAGAAUUUUCCAUUGAGAGAUUUCUCCGCAAUCGCGGAUCAAGCGACAGAUUCGAUGAUGACGACGACCGAAAAAGUCAGGCCCGGCCCGGUUGUUGAGAAUUAUAUGGUUACUACGCGUGUGCGUGUCGAAGUUUGGAUAUGAAACUGAGGAGGACUAACGAAUGCAACAGUAGUUGUUGCUUCAUACGGAGAACCGGAGAUAAAACGUUGAUAGGCGAACGUUCCAUAGGACGAUAGUUUGCGAAUCCAGAGAUUUGAAGAAUACAGGGAUGAUCUUCGUAGAGUGGAGCGAAACAUUAACUCGAAAAGAUUUAACCCACCGAAGAUUUCACAGAACCCUCAAAAUUUGAUGAUACUUUACCACGAAUGAUAAGAAAGUUGAUGAAAGAUCGACAUCUCGGUUUAUGACUCAUCAAAUAUUAACUGCUAACUUGACAAAUUCUUGUAAUAACAACAAUACAAAAUAUUACGCUAAUUCAGUUUGAUUUCGUUGAGUAUUUCCGUUAUAUUCGUCGAUUGGUCGUUCUUUUUUAUGUUGAAAAACGUGCUAUCUUCAAAAGAGAAUUUUUAUCAUAAAAAAAAACAAAAUCUUACAAAUAAUUCUUUUUCCUGGAAGUUUACUAAUGAAACGAAGCAGUAAUCAUAGUUUGUGACUUUUUAUCAUUUUACGUUUCUUUUUUAGACAACGAGCAAUUAGCUUUCGCAAAUGGGUAGAAACAAUCGUUAGUCAAACCGACAUAAGAGCUUAGAUAGAAUGAAAAAAAAUGACGUAAAGAUCUCAGGACGACAAGAAAGAGGCGUUAUCGUAAAUGAGGUGACACUCUCUAUUUUCUUUAAUGGGUAUCUAAUAUUUUUUCAUUUCUUAACACAAGAUAAAGUCCAGGUUAACAUUAUGAUUUAUGGAUACUUGUGCCGAAAGCACUAAUGAAGUUAAGCAAUUAAUGUACGAGUAUUCUGUUUUCGUAUCGAAGGAUUCUUGAAUACGAAUGGAAACACUGAACAGAGGACAAAGCAAUACAAUUGCGCGUUUCUUCGAUACGCGUAAAGCUUUGGCGCUAUCAUAUCAAAAUGCGCAUGAUAAUAAGAUAAUUUUGACUUCCAAUGUGUGUUGAUAUUUUUACUAAGAAUUAACUCAUACCAGCAACUGUAAAAUAGUUAUAUUAACUGUACUGUCUUUAAUAUUUUUAUUGUAGCUAAUACAUGGAUACUUAAAGUUAUUGACGUCUAAAAAUGGAUAAAAAGAUUAAAAGGAUUGAAAUGAUUUCGAAUAAUCGUAUCAACUACCUACAAUAAUAUGCUAUUCUAAUUACAUUAGAGUUAAUAAUGGCUAUUUAAAGUUGUUGGUAUCUGUAGAAAUGUCGAUAGUACGAAAAGGAUUAAAGCUAAUAUUUUUGCUGAAAACAUAAAGAUGAAAAAGAAUGUCGAAGAUUUUUCUAUGAAAUGUUUCAUUAAUGUUGCUUGUAUUUGAGCAAAAUGUUCAGAAAAAAAUUUAUAUUAAAAUAUUUGGAAUGUAAUUUUAAACAACCUUUGUUUAAUUACCUCAAAUGUGUAAGAUAUUGUUGAAUGUUUAUGAACAUGAUGAGAAUACAGACCGGUUUGUUAGAAAUUCGAUGAACCGAAGAUUUUGAAGGAUCUGGACAGUGAUUCACGCUAAUUACGAUAAGAAUCAGUGGCUUCGUUGAGCACACAUUUAUUAUAAGCGGUAUUUUUUACGGUGUUAAUGCUAUUAUACAUACACGCGUUUGCUGUGCUAUUUAUUUUAAUUAUCGAGAAACUUUACUCGCGAUAAUAAUGACAAAUUGACAUCUCUUAUACUUGUCGGAAAUAUAAAAAAUCUUUAUUGUAUGUAAUUGUCAUAAAUGUUCCUCGAUAAUUAAAAGACACCGAUAAAGAUACCGCUGAUGCAGUACAAAAGGUAAAUACCACUGCAGAACCCAAAACAAGUCCGAUAUUUCCGAUAUUUACGAGCACACUUCAAUGCAUACUGCAAUGAAAGAUCAAAUGUAUAUUAAAUGUCAAUUCAGGAAUAAUCGAUCGGAUACGUCUGUAAAAGCGCCUAGAAUAAGUUUCUUGUCAAGAUAAGUAUGUCGAGUUGUAGUAAAUAUAUCUGUCCUACCAUAAAGUCGUCUCUAUAGCGAGAUAAUCCUAAAAUGAUGUAAACUUGAUGAACAAUUGUAAAGCUGUCCAAUAAAGAUUUGCUUCUUUGCAAGGUAGAUGAAAAAACAA